CCUCUUUUUGGCUCCGCAGAGUCCCGUGACUGACGUGGGCUGCAACUGUCGCUGGGCAAUGGUUGCCAUUGCCUACCGCACUUGCUGAAAAUGGAGGAUCUCCACCGCUUCGUUGUCGCAAUUCCGACUGUUUUCCAUUAUUGUUGAGAAAUUGGUGGGAAAGAAAGCCGAGUUUCGCGUUCAGAUUACUCUUCACAACACUAUGGAAGUUCGGGCUAGAGCUCCCGGAAAAAUCAUGCUCUCCGGUGAACAUGCCGUCGUACAUGGAUCGAUGGCCGUCGCUGCUUCCAUCAGUCUCUAUACUUCCGUUUCCCUUGCAUUCCACAGUCAUUCCGACAAUGAUGAUACCCUAAAGCUUCAGCUGAAUGAUAUGGCACUGGAGUUUUCCUGGCCAGUUGGUAGAAUUAAGGAAGCAGUGGCUGAAUUUAAUACCGCCAUUUCUUCAUCAUCACCAACAUCAUGCCCAGCUGAGUGCUUGAGAUCAAUUGGUGCUCUAGUUGAAGAACAAAAUAUUCCUGAAGCAAAGAUUGGCCUUGCAUCUGGAGUAUCGGCAUUCCUCUGGCUAUACUCCUGCAUUCAAGGAUUUAAGCCUGCUACAGUGAUUGUCACAUCUGAGCUUCCUCUUGGAUCUGGCCUGGGAUCAUCGGCUGCUUUUUGUGUGGCGCUUUCAGCUGCACUACUUGCUUUAUCUGAUUCUGUAGUUGUGGACAGGGCGCACCAAGGAUGGUCAAGUUUUGGGGAAAAAGAACUUGAUUUGUUGAACAAAUGGGCCUUUCAAGGAGAAAAGAUAAUUCAUGGAAAGCCAUCCGGAAUUGACAACACAGUAAGCACAUAUGGCAACACGAUCAAGUUCAAGUCAGGUAGUUUAACACUCAUGAAAUCCAACUUGGCAUUGAAAAUGCUUAUAACCAACACAAAAGAGGGAAGAAACACAAAGGCUUUAGUUGCUGGAUCAGAAAGGAUGAUAAGACAUCAUGAUGCGUUAAACUUCAUAUUCAAUGCUGUUGAUUCCAUUAGCAAGGAGCUAUCAGCCAUUAUUGAGUCCCCCGUUUCUGGUGAGCUAUCCAUAUCCGAGAAGGAAGAGAACAUAGCAGAGCUGAUGGAAAUGAAUCAAGGGGUGCUCCAGAGCAUGGGGGUAAGCCAUGCUUCAAUAGAAACCGUUCAAAGGACAACAUUGAAAUACAAGUUAGCGUCCAAAUUGACAGGAGCUGGAGGUGGUGGCUGCGUUCUGACGCUCUUGCCAACAUGAACAAUCGUUGAUAUGGUGAUUUCAGAGCUGGAGUCGUGCGGUUUCCAGUGUCUAAUUGCGGACAUCGGAGGAAGCGGUGUGGAGAUAUCUUUUGAUGCUUCAUCAUGAGUUCAAAUUUGUAAGCUUUCCUGCUUGGAAGAAUAUAUAAAAUAAAACUUUCGCUCUUAUCAAAAUUUGUGCCCCUCAAGACUUAACUACUACCAUUAAACAUGAACACUUAAAUAAAAUUUUAUAAAUUAUGUUGGCGU